AUGCUUUACUCCGUUAUCGUGAACAUUGCCAUAUUCCCUUUUGCGGCAAUGGCCCUUCUUACUGCUCGAGAUGCGAUCCACGCCGAUGACCUCGAACGUUAUGAUGAAGUCAUGAAGACUAUCGCCGGCAACCAGAUUCUUAACUUUUAUCCAGACAAUCUGGUAAUUAAGCUCGACAUCCAUGAGUACCCAGCCGAACAGAUUGUCCGGUCCGAGGUGUUCAAGCCAAGCCGAGAUGCCGAUGCAUACUUCAAACAAGAGGAAGAACUAGCCAAAGAGUAUCUUCAACAAUAUUCUGGGAACGAACAGUGUAAUCUAGAGGAAUAUUGA